CAUUCCGCUCAAAACCUUCCCUCUCGACUCCCAUCCGCCUCACACACUCUUCUCUCGACACGAUAUAGCCUGACAUCAGAACCGCACCGCAUCUCCAUUUUUGUACAUCAAUCCGGCCUAAAUGCUCCCUGUCGAUCCAGAAGAACAACCACUGAAGAACUUAAAGCUCGCAGACUAAGGAGGGCGUAGUAUAUUGGUUGUUCGUCGGAGGAUUUCAGGCGGGGAAUGGCGUACAUGUGCGCGGAGAGCGGAAAUCUAAUGGCGAUCGCGCAGCAGGUCAUCCAGCAGCAGCGCCAACAGCAACAGCAGCUGGCUGCUUCCGCCAACCCGUUUUCCACCAGCACCCAGCCGUGGGGCGCUUCGCACCAUCACCAGCAGCACAUGUCCGAGGCCGCCUUCGUCAUCCCCGACGCCGAGGCCGCCUUCCUGGAGCCCUUCACCCCCGACCGCGCCGCUGGCUUCGAGGCGCCACCCGGGGGCAGCGGCCACCUUGACCAGGCUCCCUUCCGCCUCUGCGACUUCCGCUCCUCUUCCGCCGCCGUGACCCCGGAGUUCGAUACCGAAGAGUGGAUGGAGAGUCUGAUCGGUGAGUCUCCCGCUGACAACUGUGACCUCAUGAGCGACCCGUGGCAGGCCGCAGCGGGCGCCUCAGGCGCCCUCUUCGCGGACGUUUUCCCCUCUUGCUCCGCCGACAUAAACCACCCCUUCCACCCGGCGUCCGCGUCGGGCAUCAACUGCGUCCUCUUUUCCGAGCCCUCCGAGAUCGCUCAUCUUCCACCGAUCCAGCACGACCACCAGUAUACCGCCGUUGUUGCCCUAAACCCUCCGGGACUGGCAUCGGAAACCCCGUCAUUCGAACCGCCGGAACUAAACAAGGACCCUGGAGCUGCCGCAUUCGCCUCCGUCCGAGAUGAGGUGCCAGAGAGCAACACCUCAUCGCCGCCUCUCUUGGAAUCACUCCUCGACUGCGCGCGGCUCGCCGAUGGCGACCCUGAUCUCGCUGCCAAGUCCCUGAUCCAUGUCAGGGAGUCCGCCUCUGUGUUAGGCGAUCCAACGGAACGCGUGGCCUUCUACUUCGCCGAAGCUCUCAACCGCCGCCUCCUUGGUGAUCAGAAGGACCACUCGCAUCCCUCCACCGUGGCGGUGCCGCUGUGCUCCACCUCCGCGUUCGAUUCGUCACCGGAGGACUUCACCCUCUGCUACAAGGUCUUCAACGACGCAUGCCCCUACUCCAAGUUCGCUCACCUCACAGCGAACCAGGCGAUCGUCGAGGCCACCGAAUCCGCGGCGCGAAUCCACAUUGUGGACUUUGGGAUCAUCCAGGGGAUCCAGUGGGCGGCACUCCUCCAAGCUCUGGCAACCCGCCCCCGCGGGAAACCCUCCAGGGUCCGGGUCUCCGGCAUCCCCGCGCCGAUGCUGGGCGCCGCCCCCGCCGCCUCGCUUACCGCUACCGGAAACCGCCUGCGCGACUUUGCCGCGAUCCUCGACCUGGACUUCGAGUUCGACCCCAUCCUGACCCCGAUCGCGGAGCUCACAGUGUCCUGCUUCAGGAUCGACUCGGACGAGGUGGUGGUUGUCAACUUCAUGCUCCAGCUCUACCAUCUCCUCGCCGACUCACCCGAAUCGGUGGAGCGCGUCCUCGGGAUCGCAAAGUCGCUCGUCCCCCGCGUCGUGACGCUGGGGGAGUACGAGGCGAGCGUCAACCGGGGGCGCUUCGUGGAGCGAUUCAAGGCGGCGCUGGCCUACUACGCGGCCGUGUUCGACUCGCUCGACCCCGCAAUACGGCGCGACUCGGCCGAGCGAGCCCAGAUGGAGCGCGUCCUCUUAGGGCCUCGGAUCCUGGGGGCGGUGGGUGCGGGCGAUGGGCCGAACCGACGGGAGCGGAUGGAGGCCAAGGAGGAAUGGAGGGCCGUGAUGGAGCGGUGCGGUUUCGAGCCUGUGCCGGUCAGCAACUUCGCGGUCAGCCAAGCGAAGCUUCUCCUGUGGAAUUACGACUACAGCUACAAGCUACCAUCUGCAUAUUUUUGUCCCAUGGCGAUGGCUACAGAUCGAAGAACGGAGAGCAGCUGCCAAAACCAUACUUCAUGUAAGUGAUUCGUUAAGAUGGAAAUGGCUGUAGUUAGAGGACAGUCAACUACGCACAUGGAGCAGCUGAUGUAAGGGGCAGAGGGACGAACUAUCUCAGCCCCAGCAGUCCAUCUCGUCGCUUCCUCCAACGAGUAAGCUCAAGAGAUAGAACAGAAGAGAAGGAGGUGACGAUCGUUGGCAGGCAGAUGAAAGGGAAAGAACGGGGCAGAGGAGAGAGAGAGUACCACCAGCA